GAGCGAUUACGGUUUCUCCUUUGAUGGUUUACGGAUCGUUGUGGUGUAUGGAUCUUCAAGCGGUCAUUUAUGACUCACUCAACCAGGGAAGGGCGAUUACGGUUUCCCUUCCGGGAUAUUCUUACGGGACUGUUGUGGACCAUUAUCAAAGACCGGACAUUAAGAAUUUCUGGGUUGAUAUUGAAAAACAACAACUGGAAAAAAUUAAUGCUUUGCAAACGUAUGAAUGUCGAACAAAAGUCAAACAAAAGACACAGGUGAUGAUGAAGGACUUGGCUGAUGAAACAGUCUUAGAAAGUCGAGAAGCAGAAGCUGAUGUUUUUAAUUCCGAAAGAGAUAAAUUGGACAUAUCAGAUCAUGAGGGGGCGAUUGAUGAUCAAGAGGUGAAGGAUGCGACUAAAGAUAAAGUAGAAGAGGCGAGGAAUAACAAAACGGAACCACUUAAAUUAAGCGAAGAAAAUAGAAAGGAGGUUGAAGAAGCUUACAAGUUAAUUGAUAGACGACACAUGUGGAAACUUUCGUCGGGAAAAGUAAUCGAAGAUGAACUAUAUAAAUUAGGAAGGGAGUUGGAGUUUGAGCAUGCUGUUCAUUCAUUUAUCCUAGAUAUCGAUGAUGAGUUGGUUGCAGACUGUUUCACCGAGACAGAACUUCGCGAGAUAGAGCUCACACCUAUCCCAGAAGUUCUCGAACUCUCAGAUGAAGUUAAUGAAAAUUUAUCGGAAAGUGAUUUGAUGGAAGUGCCCGAUGUGGCCGAAAAAUUUGAAUCAAUUUUGACCAUUCUUGCAUCGGCCUUGAAUAUAAAGUCUGUAGUUCAAGAGACGAUAAAGAUCGUCCAAAAAAGUGGACAGGAUAACAAUCAUUUAAGAGUGCCGGGCUUCGGAAACGACCUCGAGAUGAAAGUCGGCACCAUUUAUCUGCGUGCAUGUCAACCCCCAAAAAAGUGA